UGCUCGCGUUCGGAUAACCGACCGACCUACGAAUAGAACUUCGGAGCUACGCGUACGCCAUUGCAAAAUUUCUUGGAAAAGCAGGGUUUUCCUAAAGACGAUAGGCGUUGUUGGAGUUCUAAGUUUAACGGUGCGUGAACCUUGGACGAUUGAUGCGUAUUGCGGUGUAAAGUUGAACGCGUGGAACUGUUCUUCUGGGGUUAUGAUUGAACGUGUUUUGUGCAAAAGUUGGUUCUAAAGGUUGUUUUUUUUGGGAAAGUGAAGUUCUCCUCGAAGGCCAAUGCAGUUAACGAAGCGGAAACCCCCCACUUGUGGUUUUGGGGGCCCAGUGAAAUUAAUGAUAAAGUGCCCCAUGUCUGUGGUGAUGACCCAACGGCCAAUUCCUUUCGGGUCGGAACUUUCCGGUGGUGAUUGACAGUGUAAAAUUUCGGUUCAGGAAAAAGUGCUUUCAGUUCCGUUGGCUUCGGAAUAGCGAAAAAAUUCCAGUGCCAGUGACUGAGGUUAACCUAGUGAGAAAAAUGAAGAAUUACGUGUCGAGCACGGGUAGGUGCUAAUUAGAGGCCUUCGGGGCGAACCUCCACGUCAGCAACCUCUCCAGGGUAACACCUUCGUUGAAAUGUUGCUGCUAAACUGGCCACGGGCUCCGUGGUCGUAGACGGUGUGCGUGACAGUUUGAAAUCGCUCGGAAUGGUUCUAAUUGUUGUGAAAUUAAAAGAAGGCUAUUAAGAGUCCGUUACCGGUGGGAAAGUACAAGAUUACUAAGGAAGAGUACCCACAAGAUAUGGAGAACAACAAAUCGCCACGAUGACCACGGCCAACAACAGGUGAAGGUGGUGUGUGAUUUGCUUAUUAAGUUUGUUUACCAUCAAUCCAUCCGUUGUUCAACCGAGCAAGAAAGGAAGCACCGGGAGAAGUAGCUAGCAAUGGGAGCCCAUGGUUCCAAAGAGCGGUUGACCCGAUCGGCCUCGGAACGUUUCGUUCACGCCCAGGUCAUCGAGCGGGAACGGUUCGGCAGUUUUGGCAAGCGGAACCGGACAGGACCAGCAAAAAAGCGAGAUGUCCGCACAAUCAACUCGUCGUCGUCCGGCGAUUUGGGUCCGCCCCCCUCCAAGACCACCCUCGGGACCGGGUCCCACAUCAACAAUAACAACAACAACAACGGCAUCAAUGGGCAACAUCAUCGGUCCAGCCUCCGGACGGCAGCCACGAUGCAAAAACGAGUGCCAUCGAGUACGACGACGGCGACGCCCGGCAGUAACUCAGUGACGCCGAUUCCAAUCGUACCCGAACAGCUGAAGGGAUCACCUCCACCAUUGAAACGUAAUCUGAUCGCCAAACGAACGGUUGGCUCGGCCAUAGGCACGCCACAUGGUACCGUCAAAACACCACUGAAAGACCACAACCGACUAGUUGGUCCUACGCCGACUUCGAAGCAACAGUCAACGGCCAACUCACCCAAAUCCAAAACCUUAAUUCGAUCCCAUCCACCAUCCGCCACAACGACGACGACGACGGCGACGCCCUUGAGCCGGAAUCAGCACCAUCACAACCACCACAGUGACCAUCCGGUGAACUGCAAUGGAUCAUCCGGUGGUGCUGCUGUUACCGGUGCCACAAAUGGGACAAAAACUAGUCCGGCAUCGGCAACAACGACAACCCCGAAAAAUGGCAGCGGUACCAUGAAUGGGAUGAUCCAACGGAAUGGAACCAUCAUUCUGGAAAAAUCGCCGCCCCUAAAUGGUCGCCGCGAGAGUCUCGACGAUGCCGGUGGAUUACGCGCUGAGGGCCCUCAGGAGGCGGCCCUCAAAAUAAUGCGACUGGCCAACGGAACCGAACAGUUGACGGACGCCAAAAACCUGGUCGAUAUAAGUUUGCUCAAUCAUGCCAACCGCGGCGUCGAGGCGCUGGGAGUUUUAGUACAAUACUUAGUUUAUAAUCUGGAUGCCUUUUCCUGUCCCACGAUCAAGCAGUCCCACCAGAAGGCGACCCAUGACCUGCUAGAGACCAAAUCUUUGCUGGACGAGGAGCGAACCACGUGCCAAUCGCUCCGACAGCAGCUGCUCGAAACGACCGAACGGGAAGCAGAACUGCAGGAACUGCACCGAUGCGAAAUCAGCAAAGCUGAAUCCUGCCUCACAGAACAGCAGCGAUCGGCCGCAGAGCGGAUAGCCGCCCUGGAGCAGGAACUGCACCGCCGCGAGAUGGCAUCGGAAACGAAACUGCGCACCUGUGCCGAUCAAUUCGAAACCAAAUUAGCCGCCAAGGAAGCAGAACUCGAGAACUCGAAAGCCCGCGAACAGGAACUGCUGCAGCGAAUAAGCGAUCUCAGCUGCACCGAGAACGAACUGCGCGAGAAGGUUCACUCGAGUGAGCUGGAAUUCAGCGAGCGACUCCAGGCGGCUGCCAUGCGUGAACGUGACCUUACCGAACAGCUGAACCAGUUCAAUCGGCAGCUGGAAGAAUUCCGACGGUCUUCGCAGGCCCGGGAACAGGAGCUGCUCGAAAAACUAAACCUAGUGCAGGAUGAGUGUAACUACCUUCGACACAACCGAAGCGCCACGGAGCAACCCUCCCAGGACGAUCUGUCCAUGACGGGCAGUGACAACACCCUGGUGGCCGGGCCACUGCAGAACACUCGAUCCUCCAGCAGCCUGAACCAUGCGCAAGCCCUACAAGACGAAGUAGACAGCUUGCGAUGCGUGCUGGACCUGAAGCAACGGGAGAUUUCUGAACUUCGCAAACAGGUCCAAGAGUACGAACGGGACGCCAAAGAACUGCCCGGAGCGCUGGUGAAAAUUUCCGCCCUGGAAUCUCGCAUCGAAGAUCUCCAGGUGCAGCUCAAAACCAAAACCGACGAAGAGAAGGACCUGCAGCAGAAGUUGAAACAGCUGAACGAUAACCUGAAACAGGAGACGAAGGUCAAGAGCCGGCUGUCACAGCACAACGAGGAGCUACAGUGGAAGUUGAAGCAGAACUCGGAGAAGUUCUCACACGUCUGUGCCGAGCUGUCCAAGAGCUACCACGAGAACUCGACCAGCUACAUGAGCACCACUCGAGCCAGUUUGGAUCAGACGGCAACCGGCCUUUACGGUUACGGUCAGAACCAUACCAAUACGAUUCACAGCCGCUCGAGUGGAUCGGAACGGGUGUUCGAGAUGGAUGAUCUGUCGCCACCUACAUCACCUAUCAUUAAGGGGGUUGUCGAGAAAAGUGAUUCCGUUUCCUGGGUGCUAGAGAUGGACGAUGAACCACCAGAGAUUUCGGCUUCUCGGAUUGUACGACGAGCGGGAUCAUUCCGGUCCACCUUUGGCCAGGAGCUGAAGCGGCAGAAGUGCUUGAACAAUUCCACCAACAACGGUGCUACCGGUCUUCAGCAGUCCAGUUCGGUGGGUUCGAUACUGAAGCAGCAAUCGCACGAAGCAUCUCCAUCGAAGAUGAUGGCCUCUCCGGGAACUCCCAGGCUUCGAUCCAAAUCGGUCAGCAUCAAAACCACCGAACCACCAAAGAAAAUUGUUCGCUCUAACUCGGGAGCAUCUACAUCGGUCACCAAACCAAUCCGCAUGGCCGAAGUACCCCUCUCUUGGAAGGAACCUCCGCUGUACAGUAGUUCCCCUUACGCUCACAAACGUUAUCUGAACGAUCGGUCGGCCGUUGGAAGUCAGCGGGAAGGAAAAGAUUUAUUUCUUGAAGAGUCAGAAUUUCUGAGCGAUGCAGGGGGUACUGAAAGCCCUUACAGUCCACGCAGCCGGGCUGGAUCAUUUGGCGCUGCGGCACCGAUCGUGGAUCGGCUGAAUGCUACCCAUAGCCAAAUAGAAUUUUUUCAUCGGGACAAAACACCGAAUUUUAAGAAAAGUAAAGAAAACCGAGGACUCAUAACUUGUGAUACGACGGCGUUGACCAGUGGAAACACUAAUGAUCCGGUAACACCGGCGCACAAAAAACGCAGAGAGUUCGCACGGAAGAAUUUAACUGACACCAAAAAUGAUUCGUUACCAAAAGAAGCGGCUGGCGAAGCACUGGUGUCGGGAUCCAAUUCUGACGACGAUGAAGACCGAUCUUCAUCGUCCUGUCUGUCGGAUGACAUCUCGUCCGGCGGAAGCAGUAGCAGCUCCAGCAGCAGCAGCUCGACCAGUACCGGAAGUGGCGUUUGUGGUUCGGAUUCCGGUAGCGGUGCUGACGAAGUUCGACAAGCCCUGCUAGACGGUGCCGAACGGUCUCAACAAAGCCGACGCAGAUCCUCGAAUGUUUCUAUUGAAGACGCCCUCAUGCAUAGGAUUGUGGCAAGCCUGAACGGAGGUCUGUCCGCUCAUGGUGGACCGGAAACGCCAAUGGAAGUCAGUUGGUCCGAGGAUGGCGACCCGUCGGAAUCGGUAGUAUGACAUGACGACGACAGCUUUUAAACAGGUGUGUGUGUCUGUUGGAAGCGUAGCAGUUGACAAAAAAAACAUGUUUUUGACUCUGCAUAGCGGAGCAAAGAUGAAACAAGAACAAAACAAAACGUUUCCUUGUGGAGCUUUGCUAACACGCGAUCAGCACGAUCCGGGUUGACUCUGGAAAGCAUCCGGUUCGCAAUCGCGCAAUACUCCAAUUUUAUUGAUAAUUUCUGUUUUUUAAUAGUUAGUCCAGUUAUUCAGUUGUAUAUUUUCUGUAUUUAUGAUCAACAAAUUUAGGAAGGCAAACAAUAUAGUGUGAGAUGCGAGAGAGAGUUGUGGAAAGUUAUGGAAUGUUUGAGUAUGGAUAUUUUUUUUUCAGUUCGUUCUUUUUUAACGAGUAUUCGUUUAUUUAUUUGUUGUUUUGAAAAUGAGUUUCCGUCUGAAAUUUACCCAAUUUACGAAGAAAAAAAUAUUAUUACACACUCAUUUGGCGCAACACCUUAAACUUGUAAAAUUGACCCAUUAUUGCGAACAGCCGAGAUCUGUCAAAAAAAGUGUCGUUUCAUCGAGUCAAUUUUACACAUUAUUUAGAAAAGCUGGCUUACUAAAUAAAGGGUAGUCUUCUAACUUGUCAUUCUAUCCGAGAGUGAUGGUAUAUACGGUAUGCAUUGUGGAUUAAGCAAUUUUUUUAAAAGUUGUGUUUGAGUUUAAAUGUGAGUUAUUGAAAUGGAAUCGCUAAAACCUAUAUUUUAUAACACCAGCAUGAAAAUAAAUAAAUGACCAGCAUGAAUAAAGAAAUUCAAAAUCUGUUUUAUUUUUGUUAUUUUCUUUCCAUCCUUCUGACACUUUAAAGGGCUAACAUCAAAGGGCUGACAUCGCCAUGCAGAGCGGGCUUCCAAAAUAAUGUGUAGAUUUUACAUGUUUACAUUACUAAUUUUCACCUCUGUUUGACGUACAAGCUGUGUACACUAUAAAGGGUACAAGGCCUUUACAUGAAAAAGGAGUUAACCCAGUCUUUUCCGAUAACGGGUCAAAACUACAUUAUAAGGGGUUGCGCCAGAUGAGUGUGUAAUCAAGCAUUAGUCAGUCACACAGAUAGAAUGAAGUAUGCGUAAUUUUGUGUCCUUGUAAUUGAAAAUAUUUAGCUCUUAUAGAAGACAUUAAGAAAACCUAAAGCGAUGUGUUAUUAGUCACGUAAGAACCUCUAAGAUGGCAAAUAUUCUUCAGUUGGUCACUCCAAUCCUCAGUGGAUGUUCGGAAAAGCCAGCGUUCGAGAGUUAAUGAAAAAAAAGAAUCUUUGGAAGAAAUAUUUAAUUGUUGCUAGACCUGUAAGAGAGAUUUAUUCAAAAUUGUAAAAACAGAUAUCCCAAAUAACCAACAAAGAAUCAAAACAAGCAGUUAAAAAUUAUUUCGUGUAGUUAACACAUAAGCUAAACAAUGCAGUUGAAAAUAAACAUUAUAAUUGGAAACAUUCGCGUUGUGGACCAACACACAAUUUGGAAAGAAAGAAAACCACGCGUCUUGUCGCAGCAGCGGUUAGAGAAAUAUCGAGAGUAGCGAAUCUAGUUCGUAGAAAACUGUUUGUUGCAGUUCGUUCCAAAACGAGAAAACUAUGAAUCAUUGGACGAGUGAAAAAUCAAACAAGCUUAACAGCAAGCAACUUAUGGGGUUCCUAAACUUUGUGGGAACGCUUCUACGUAUUCAUCAUAUUCAAGCUCUGACUACAGUAGAGUUUUUGUCUCUCUUGAAUGAACUCUAAAAUAACAAUUAUUAUCAACUUUUCCAUUUACCCUCAUAACUAUACCAUAAAAAACCUUAACUGUCUGAAUUGUUGGUGAAAGGGUCGGUAAAUCCCUUUUACCUAAUCAAAGAUCUACUAGCUUUUCAAAACCGAAAAACAAAGCAACAAUAAUUGAAAUAAGAGAGGAAAAUAAACAAAAAUUGGAAAAAACUCAAAGCACAGGUUGAGGCUCGCAAGGUAGUAAUUUUUUCUUGCUCGUGAUUGCGAAACGGAUCAUGUGUUCUGUUUCGAUUGGUUGAAAUGCAGGCUUUAGAACUAGCGGAGCUGGCCAGCUUAGUGCUGUUUGUAUAAAGGUUUUGAAAAUUUGGAAAAAAAAACUAAAUCGACGCUAACCAAAGUUGGAAAACAACCCAAUAAUGCGUUAACUAAGGGCUCGGCCAGGAUUUGGUUCUACACAUACCAACACAAAGACACUUACUUAUUGGAGUUUAGAAUGAAAGAAUAACAGACACACAAUAAACUGCAAACUAUUGAAAAUAUAAA